AUGUGGCUCUUUCGGGUUUUCUCCUCGGUCAUCUUCCUGACCGUCACCGUUUCGUCCAUUCCCCUGGCCUUCGAUGUCGGUGGGAAAACAUGCGGUCUGGCCUAUUCGCUCUCUCUGGCCACCUUUUACUUCCUCUUUUCCCUCCUGCGCGUCACCACACCCGACCGAUCGUGGUUCCGUUCGUCUCUGAUCGUCCUCAUCCGAUCGACCCAGUGGCUCAUCAUCCCGAUCCUGCUCAUCUGGUCGCUAAAUCGCUUCUCGAUCGACACCGAUAACUCGAGUGGGUGGGUCGAACGCACCUUCAGCGGGAAGCGCGCACAGGACUCGUCCAUCCAGGAGUGGCUGUUUGGGCCGGACGGCUUGGUGGAAUCCGUAACAAUUGGCAACUGGGAUAAGCUCCUGACAUGGUCGACGCCGGUUUUCCAGCUCGUCGAAGGAUUCUGCAGCUUAUUGGUGAUCCAGGCUGCAGGGCAGAUCACGCGUUGGCUUGUGAAUCGCGGCGGUCGUAGUGAUAGUUGGAUGAUCGGUCUUCUCGUCCUGUCCGCGUCGAUCAUAUCCAGUGCCGUAUACUUCCUUUGGCGCGUCCUACAGUUUCCCGAGAUUUCCAAUGUUGAUGCCGCCUUGAUUGGAGUGUCGAUCACCUGCGCCGUGAUCCUGUGCGCCUGGGGCAUUGGCAGCGGUCGGGGGAACCCGGUCGAGAGCUCGCUUCUGUUCGCAUACGUGGUGCUGUGCAUCUACCAGAUCUUCACCGAUUACCGCCCAUCGCACCCGAUCGAACAGGUCCCCUCGCCCGCACAGUCUGGAGAAUUCCCUCCACUCCCACCAAUCAUCAUGAAUUCUUACUCAACUCUCCGGCACGCCUUGUCCCUCCUGCCAUCGAUCAUCCACGCAGCGUUCAACGUGAUCACGGCCGUCUUCAGCGCAGUGACCCCGUCCGUGCUCAUCUCGCUCAUGUACCGAAUCUGCGUCCUGUAUGCUUCGACCCGGAUUAUUCCCGCCGUGCGCGAGUCCGGCGCACGUGCUCUCUCUCAAGAGGCCUCCCUCGACGACUCGGAUGCAGCUGGCCAGUUCCUGGGCUUUCUCAGCUACUUUUCGCCUUCCAUCCUCAUCGCCGUUUAUACCAGUCUUCUGAUGCAGCAUUUUGCGUCCACCUCCCAAGCGAUGGGCGGGAGCGGUGAAUGGUGGAGCACGCAAGGUGGAGGCGGUGGAAAUCUCUGGCGGUGGAUCAAUUUGGCCUGCACGCUGGCGUUAUAUGCCGUCGAGCUUUGGCUGGGAGAGAACGACGAUUUGGAUUCGGGACUCGCCGGCCAUUGGAAGACCGACUGA